CUUAGCAACCGGGAGGCUUCCCUUUGGAAGCUUGUUGCAGCUCUCGCAGCGGUCCUUCGCUCUCCCCUCCCCUCCCCUCAAUUCCCUUCACCUGGGCGCUGCCAAACAUCUGGAUCACCCUGGGCACUGCGAGGGGUUGAAGUUCUGCCAGGGUCGCGCCCUGUUACAGCCUUUCCCGAGCUCCUCCCAUCCGUGAAACCCACUGCUGCUUUUACUACACGUUGUAUGAGAACAGGGCAUUUUCUAGGAAGAUGGUGGCAGAGAAAGAGACCCUGGGCUUAACCAAAUGCCCAGACAAGAUGCCGAAGAGGACCAAGCUGCUGGCACAGCAGCCGCUCCCGGCGCACCAGCCUCACCCCCUGGUUUCUGAGGGCUUCACAGUCAAAGCCAUGAUGAAAAACUCAGUCGUGAGAGGCCCUCCCGCUGCAGGAGCGUUUAAAGAAAGACCCACGAAGCCCACAGUGUUUCGAAAAUUUUAUGAGCGAGGAGACUUCCCCAUUGCCCUUGAGCAUGAUUCGAAGGGAAACAAAAUCGCGUGGAAGGUAGAAAUUGAGAAGCUGGAUUUCCAUCAUUAUUUGCCUCUGUUUUUUGAGGGGCUCUGUGAAAUGACAUUUCCCUACGAGUUUUUUGCUCGGCAAGGAAUCCAUGACAUGCUGGAACACGGGGGGAGCAAGAUUCUUCCUGUCAUUCCACAGCUCGUUAUCCCGAUAAAAAAUGCCUUGAAUCUUCGAAACCGACAGGUCAUAUGCGUCACCCUCAAGGUCCUCCAACAUCUGGCUUUGUCAUAUGAGACGGUGGGUGAAGCUUUGGUGCCCUAUUACCGUCAAAUCCUCCCCAUCCUGAACAUCUUUAAGAAUAUGAAUGUUAACUCCGGAGACGGUAUCGACUACGGCCAGCAGAAGAGGGAGAACAUCGGCGACCUGAUCCAGGAGACGCUGGAGGUCUUGGAGCGCCGCGGGGGAGGAGAUGCCUUCAUCAACAUCAAGUACAUGGUCCCCACCUAUGAGUCGUGCUUGCUCAACUAGAGGCAGGAACAGCUGGGAUGGGGGAAGGCUUCCGUUAGUGCCCAGAUCAUCUGUCUCUGCUGCUUUUAGCAUCUCAUUACUUGUGACUUCUACAGCUUUCUCUUCUACAGCUGCUAAAAUAGUGGCUUAUGGGCCAUUGGACCGUUAGCCCUAUUGAGAGCAAGGCUUUCCAAUACAUAAAUAGUGCCUGUUUCUUAGAUUACAAUAGUGUACUGUGCUUAUUUGUUCUAAGAGAAGAAUUGCUUCUUUAUACAGCUCGGACAGAAGCAAAAGUCCGAGUCAAACCUUCAGUUGUAUAGACAAUAAAACUAUAAUUUUCAUGCACAA